ACCGUCGACAGCCUGACACCUGAUAGCUCCACUGUGGCGCACACUUUGGUUAGGAAUACGGGAAAGUGGGGUUGUUAGUUCGGAAACAUGCGUCAAAAAGAGAGUACAUCCUUAACAGCAGCAGACCAACUUAACGCUCUGUCAUUGACAUUAUCGGAUUCCUACUAAAAGAGUUUUGCGCACUCACGCAGCCCUUGGGCGCAUUUCAUGGAGAUCUAUAGAUGACAAGACCUGCACGCUGCGUGUUGCUCUCUGCAUCUACUGGGAUCUCUAAAACGGAACAUGGCGAGAGGGAUGAGAGGAGCUCAUCUCCUCGCUGUAAUUGUUACCUUUUCAGUAACACUUUUCAGGGACGCAGAUGCACAAGGAACUUCUGGUUAUAGUUUAAGCCCUCCGUAUUUCAACCUCGCUGAUGUGUCUAAUAUCUCUGCCACAGCAACCUGCGGUCAGGAUGAGAAUGGGACACCGAGACAUGAGUUAUACUGUAAGCUUGUCGGGGGUCUGACCUACGGACUUCCUUCUCAAAAUAUACCGGGUCAGUACUGUGACUACUGCAACGCCAUUGACCCUAACAAAGCCCACCCGGUGACAAACGCAAUUGAUGGGACAGAGCGAUGGUGGCAGAGCCCUCCUCUCUCCAUGGGCCAGGGCUACAACGAGGUGAACGUUACCCUGGACCUUAAGCAGCUCUUCCAUGUGGCAUACAUCCUCCUCAAGUUUGCUAAUUCACCUCGACCUGACCUCUGGGUGCUGGAGCGCUCUGUGGACAAUGGGAGAACCUUCACCCCCUGGCAGUAUUUUGCACAUUCAAAGCGUGAGUGUAUAGAAAAGUUCGGAAAGCAGCCCAAUGCUCGUAUAGUUCAUGAUGAUGACCAGAUCUGCACCACAGAAUACUCACGGAUCAACCCUUUGGAGAAUGGGGAGGUUGUGGUUUCUCUUGUCAACGGUCGGCCGGGGUCUAAAAACUUCACCUACUCGUCAGUGCUGCAAGACUUCACAACGGCCACCAACAUCCGUCUGCGCUUCCUCCGCACCAGCACCCUGCUGGGCCACCUGAUCUCCAAGGCCCAGAGAGAUCCCACCGUCACACGCAGGUAUUACUAUAGUAUCAAAGACAUCAGCAUCGGUGGACGCUGCGUUUGCCAUGGGCAUUCACAGGUGUGUGGUGGGGGUCGUAACCAAGACAACCCAAACAGCAGACUGCAGUGUGAGUGCCAACACAACACCUGCGGUCAGUCAUGUGACCGCUGCUGCCCAGGCUUUCACCAGAAACCAUGGCGCGUCGCAACCGUUGACAGCCCUAAUGAGUGUCGGCCCUGCCAGUGUUUCUCCCAUGCCACUGACUGUUAUUACGACCCAGAGGUGGAAAAGAGGAGAGCAAGUUUAGACACCUUCGGAAGGUACGACGGAGGAGGAGUGUGCAUCAAUUGCCAGCACAACACUGCUGGAAUGAACUGUGAGCAAUGCCUGGAAGGUUUCUACAGACCUUUUGGAGUACCUCCCGAGUCUCCCACUGGAUGCAUACCCUGCAGGUGUGAUGAGAGGACUGCAGCCGGCUGUGAAAUGGGGUCAGGAAGGUGUAUCUGCAAGCCACAAUUGGCUGGAGAGAACUGUGAUAGCUGUGCUGACGGAUACUAUUACUACCCUCAAUGUGUUCCAUAUCCUGUACACCAGGCGACCACCAAAUCCCCUGCCGGACCUUUUGUGGAGUGUGUAUGUGACAACAGAGGGACCUUGUAUGGGGUAUGCGACAAUUCAGGACGCUGCCUGUGCCGUCAGAGUGUGGAGGGGGAGCGAUGUGACCGCUGCCAACCAGGAUACCACUCCUUCCCAAACUGCCAGCCAUGUGCCUGUGAAGGGGCUGGUGUGACAGGCCGUAUGUGCAGUCCCAAUGGUCAGUGUAUUUGCUUUCCCAACUAUGCUGGGAACGAGUGUGACGAAUGUGUCCCUGGCUACUAUGGAUACCCAGACUGUGCCGUCUGCCAAUGUUCACCGGAAGGCUCUUAUGGCAGUAUAUGCGACCCCUUGUCGGGUCAGUGUCUGUGUCUCCCAGGGGUGGUGGGCCAGCAGUGUGACCGCUGUGCCUCUGGACUCCGGUUCCCCCAGUGCUCAGCCCCCAUCAGUGCGUGUAACUUAUCAGGAACCGAGGUCACUGAUCCUCAAACGGGCUUCUGCCGCUGUUUACCAAGCGUAGAGGGAACGCUGUGUGACAGCUGUAAACCUCUCUACUGGAACCUCGCUUCUGAACCCUCCCGUGGCUGUAUAGAAUGUCGGUGUGAUGUGAAAGGGACCCUGAGUGGAGUAGGAGAGUGUGAGCAGAAAAAUGGACAGUGUCACUGUAAACCUAAUGCAUGUGGACAUGAAUGUGAAACCUGUAAGGAUGGAUUCUACCUGCUGCAGAAAAAGAAUUAUGUUGGCUGUCAAGGUUGUCAGUGUGAUGUAGGCGGUGCAAUUGGCACGGCGUGCGAUGACAUCUCGGGACAGUGUUGGUGUCGUAAGAAUGUAGUGGGCCGUCAAUGCACUGAGCCAGCACCAAGCUACUACUUCCCCUCUCUGCACCAACUAAAGUUUGAGGUCGAGGAUGGCACCACGCCAAAUGCCAGACCAGUGCGCUUUGGUUUUAACCCCAAAGAGUUCCCAGAUUUCAGCUGGAGAGGUUAUGCUGUAAUGUCUCCUGCACAGCCGGAGGUGAUCCUCUCGCUUACCCUUGGCUUUCCUGGCUCUUUCCAUAUUGUAAUGCACUACUCCACCCCUAAAAGAAAGGGGAGAGCACGAGUGAGAGCAAGGAUCUUGGUGGUGGAUGAAGCUGGUUUUCAUUCUUGCUGUGACUGUUCUGAUCAGAGUAAGGAAGUAAUAUUCCCUGAGAGUCCCUCCCCAUCCUUCCUCACCAUCCCAGGAGAGGGCUUCGCUGAGCCCUUUGCAAUGACCCCUGGGACAUGGACCAUUCACAUAAGGGCGGAGGGGGUCCUGCUGGACUAUUUAGUGCUGCUGCCCCGGGAUUACUAUGAGGCUCCUCUGCUGCAGGAGAAGAUCACCCAGCCCUGCACUUACUUACUCCCUGCAGACAAGGAUACAAACUGUCUGCUGUAUAAGCAUGUGUCCAUGGAUGGCUUCAGCUCUGCUCUGGGAUCACAGGGAAUCCUCUCCAGCCGCAGCGGGCGCAGGAGGAGGCAGACUCGUGUGCGCCGUCCCACCCCAGCUCACCCUGAGAUGGCCACUCUCAAUGGCCGACAGUCUCAGCUCCAACUCAGUGUACGUGUGCCUCAUCCUGGCCAGUACGCUCUUGUCCUGGAGUAUGCCAGCGAGGUGGACACUGUCCAAAAUGUCAACAUACUCAUCAGUGGCGAGUCAGGGGGCCAGAUCCCAGCCAGGGCCAACAUUUACAGUUGUGCGUACAGCUUUUUGUGCCGGAGUGUUGCAGUGGAAAGCAGUAAUAAGGUGACAGUGCUGCAGUUGGAUCAUAAGACGGAGGUUCUUCUGCAAACCUCCACUACAUCAUUCCUGCUGUAUAAAGUGUAUGCAGUCCCUAUAGAGGAGUUCUCCCUGGAGUAUGUGGAUCCAAAGGUGCUGUGUGUCUCCACUCAUGGCUACUUUACUGAAGACAGUCGGGACUGUGUUCUGAGGCAAUUCGACAAGCCAGCCUCAGCUUUGAUACUGUACGCUGCCACUGAUGGACAGCUCUCUUCAGCACCGGCUGUUUCUCCCCAACAAGGAGAGAAUGAGGAUUGGAGACAGAGACGACAGACCGGGGUCUUCCCUGUCUGUGAACCUAACAGUGAUGGGAUUCUACUUAAAUUUCCUCAGACGGAGAUCAGUUUCACUCCCAAUGUGCCCCUCCCGGGCAGGUAUGUGGUGGUGGUCCAUUAUCACCAGACUGAACAUACCUCCUUCCCCGUAGAGGUUCAAGUGAACGCAGGGCGGGAAUGGAAGGGUUCAAUAAAUGCCUCUUUCUGCCCCGCGGUCUCAGGCUGCAGGGCGGUUGUGAUCGCUGAUGGUCGCAUUGCCCUUGACUUUGAGCCGAAUUCUUGGCAGCAGCCCACCAUCUCUGUGAUUGUGCCACCUAAGAAGACACUUACUCUGGAUUAUAUCAUGUUGGUUCCUGAUAGCAGUUACACCCCAGAUCUCCUGAAAGAGAAGCCACUGAAUAAAUCUGCAGAUUUCAUACAGCAGUGUCGAGGAGAAGGGUUCUAUAUUGACCCGAAUACUUCUCCCCAGUUCUGCAGAGACUCCGCCCGUUCUCUUGUAGCAGCCUUUAAUGACGGAGCCCUGCCUUGCAACUGUGAUAAGUCUGGCUCUACAGGCACCACCUGUGAGCCGAUUGGAGGACAGUGUCCCUGCAGGCAGCAUGUCAUUGGUCGUCAGUGCACAAAGUGUGCCACGGGAUACUACGGCUUCCCCUACUGCAGACCAUGUGAGUGUGGCCGCCGCCUGUGUGAUGAGGUGACAGGAAGCUGUAUCUGCCCUCCUCAGACAGUCAAACCUUCCUGUGAUGUGUGCCAGAGUCAGACUUUCAGCUAUCACCCGUUGCUAGGCUGCGAGGGCUGUGAGUGCUCUCCAAAUGGCAUUCAAGCAAACGCAGGGCCUGACUGUGACCGAACCACAGGACAGUGCAGUUGCAAGCCUAGGAUUGCUGGCCGGCAAUGUGAUCGCUGCGCUGCAGGUUACUAUCGCUUCCCUGACUGUGUACCAUGUAACUGUAAAGAAGAUGGCGUCACAGCCGACAUCUGCCACCCAGACACAGGGAGGUGUCUUUGCAAGAGAAAUGUUGCAGGCGUCAAAUGCGAAACCUGUCGGGAAGGUUCCUUCUAUUUUGACCCCUCCAACCCUCACGGCUGUACUAGCUGCUUCUGCUUCGGGGCGACUAACCUGUGUCAGAGCUCCAGCAAACGCAGGGGGAAGUUUGUUGGGAUGCGAGGCUGGCGUUUGGAAAGUCCCGACCAGGAGGAGGUUACCUCUGUCCUGAACACAGCCAGCAACACAGUGGUGGCAGACAUCCAGGAGCUUCCCCCAACAGCUCAAACUCUACACUGGGUGGCACCAUCGUCCUACCUGGGAGACAGGGUUUCAUCUUAUGGUGGAUUCCUCACCUAUCAGUCCAAAUCCUUUGGGAUUCCCUCUGAGGGGAUGACCCUCAUGGACAGGAGACCUGAUGUUGUGCUGACUGGUCAAGAUAUGACCCUGAUCCACAUGGCUCAACAAGUCCCACUCCCAGACAAGCCGUAUCAGGGCAGAGUCCAGCUCUUAGAGGGGAACUGGCGCCAUGCGGUCAGCAGCAGGCCUGUCUCCAGAGAGGAGCUGAUGACGGUCCUGGCUGCUCUCGCUGGCCUGAGGAUCCGAGCCUUGUACUUUACUCAGACCCAGCGACUCAGCCUGGGGGAGGUGGGCCUGGAGGGGGCCACAGAGACGGGCACUGGGGGUCCUGGAAACACUGUGGAGGAUUGUUCCUGUCCCUCUGAGUACACUGGAGACUCCUGUCAGAAAUGUGCUCCUGGUUACUACAGAGAAGGCAGUGGGUAUUUCCUGGGUCGCUGUGUGCGCUGUGAGUGCAACGGUCUGGCUGAUGAGUGUGAAGACAAGACAGGGAGGUGCAGGAACUGUCAGUAUAACACGGCUGGGGACAGAUGUGAACGCUGCAAAGAAGGUUACUAUGGAAACGCAGCUCUGAGGACAUGCAAAAUGUGUCUGUGCCCAUCCAGCAUGAACAGUUUUGCAAUCGGUUGCAAAGAGGUGUUUGGAGGCUUGGAGUGUAUAUGCAGAGUCGGCUACAGUGGAGACAAGUGUGAGAGUUGUGCUCCUGGUUUCUAUGGUGCUCCACUGACACUAGGAGGAAGUUGUCGGCCCUGUUUUUGCAACGGCAACAACUGCGAUUCCAGGACUGGAGUUUGCAAGAACACCCUUGAGCCAAAAGACACAAACACAGAUGAUCCCUGCCAAGAGUGUGAUAAUUGUGCCCAGACUUUACUCAAUGAUCUGGAGAAGCUGGAUGAUGAGAUAGGAAGGAUUAAGACUCAACUGGACAACGCUUCUGCCAGUUCCUCGUCUCAGGACAGGCUGAAGAAGCUGGAAAAGCUUGUGGCUGACACCAAGAUUAUUGUCAACAACUUUAACUCUGCCAUCAAAAAACAAAAGCCCAAAGUGAACCAGCUUGAAGAAGAUGAGAGCACUCUCUCAGAUGACAUCGACUCCCUGAGAGACAAGGCAGAUAAGCAGGCUACUGAUGCUGAGAAGGCCAUGGCAGAUGUUGAUAAAACUGACAAGAGGGCUAAAGAUCUGGACGCAGAGAUUCAAAACAUGCUGAAAAAAAUUCAAGCUCUGCUGGACCAACUCAAGGAUACAGGCAUCAGUGGUGAUAAGCCACCAAAUGAAGACCUGAGUCAAAUGCUAAAAGAUGCUCAGCGCAUGGUGAAGGAGAUGCAGGACAGGAACUUUACCCCUCAGAAGACCGCCGCUGAGAAAGAAAAAGAUGCGGCCAAGAAAUUGCUAGAAAACAUUAAGACUAAUGUAAGCAAGCAGUGUGACCAGAACGAGGUUGCAGCGGAGAAGCUUCGGGAUGACUUGAAGGGUUUCGGGGCCAAGCUGAAGGACCUGGACAAGGCUCUGAAGGAGGCAGUGGACUUGCUGAAAAAAACCAAUUCCCAGAACGGGCUCAAUGCUCAGGCACUGGCAGAUCUGAAGAAACGCAUUAACGACAUUCAAACGGAGCGUGAGACUGUUAAUAACCAAAUGACCCUGGCGGAAAAUGAGCUGCAGAAGACCGAGGAUUUGGUGGAAAUGCUAUAUGACAGCAAAACAGAAUAUGAACAGCUGGCAGCACAGCUGGAUGGGGCCAAAACUAACUUGAAUAAGAAAGUGAAUGACAUUACCAAGGCUGCAGACAAGGAGGACCUUGUGGUGAGAGCAGAGGAUCAUGCAAAGAACAUUGCAAAGACAGCAAAAGAACUUGAGGAUACGGUGAAGAGCGCAAGUGGACUUACUGAGGUGCGUGAUGCCAAGGACGCUAUUGACGCUUACAAGAACAUCACAGAUGCAAUUAAUGCUGCUGAGACUGCAGCCAAAGAGGCCAAAAGUGCUGCCGAAAACGCCUUGAAUAAUGUGAAAAAAGAAAACCUCAAAGAAAGAGCAAAAGACCUAAAGCAGAAUGGUGAGGAACUGCUGAAUGAUGGAAAGGCGGCUGAGACAGACCUUCAAGGUGUCAAUGAAGACAUCACUGACCUGAAGAAGCGCCUGGCAAAGGCUGACACGAAGAAGAACACUCUUGCGAAAGACCUGCUUGAUGCACAAAACCAAUUAAACGGCAACAAAAGAGAUGAAAUUGGUCGAAUGAUUGAUGAAGCCAAGAGGAAGGCAGCAUUAGCCAAUGACACGGCCAGCAACACUAUGGACACGUUGAAUGACAUUAAAGAGGAAAUGAAAAAGAUCAGUGUCAUGCCUGUGGACUCCAACCUGGGCAGUGUGUUGGAUGAUGUGAGCAAGUCAGUGAAUGACUUGCUGAAAACCAUCCCAUCUCUUAAUGACAAGAUCUCCGAAGUGGAAGACCUAACCUCUAAGUUCUCACCCAUUAGCAACAUUUCUGAGAACAUCAAGAAUAUCAAAAAUCUCAUUGAACUAGCCCGGGACGCAGCUAAUAGGAUUACUAUCCCGAUGAUGUUUAAAGGCAAUGGCCACGUGGAGCUGCGUGCGCCAAAUAAUCUGGACGAUCUGAAGGCCUACACCGCCCUUUCUCUGAAGCUGCAGAGACCUUCAGGCAGGGGAGAUGGAGCACGCAGACGUAGACAAUCCAUCGACAACGGAGACAUGUUUGUGAUGUACCUUGGCAAUAAAGAUUCUUCUAAGAACUACAUCGGAAUGGUCCUGAGGAGCAACCAGCUGUACGGUGUGUACAAGCUCAAUGGUGUCACGCAUCAGAUAGAAACGGACUUCAUCACCACGUCCACGUCUGAACCGGCCAAGUUUGAUCAAGUUGAUCUACGCAGGAUUUAUCAAGAUGUAGAGAUGUCCUUCACCAAAGUUGUCACGGCAAGACCACCCGGUUUAACAACUGAGUACAAGAACAAAGGAGAAGAGGACAAAAACCUUCUGGACAUCAGUGCCGAUGAUUUUGUAUUCUACGUUGGAGGCUACCCUGACACUUUCACUCCACCACCAUCUCUCAACUUCCCCAAGUACACGGGCUGCAUAGAGUUCUCCUCUUUUAACGACAAAAUCGCCAGUCUCUACAAUUUCCAAAACGCAGUGGAUAUUAAUAAAGAUUCUCCAUGCAAGAGAUAUGUACCUCCUGUGGUGUCUUUCUACUAUGAAGGCAGUGGAUAUGGAAAAGCGAUUAUAAAAUCAAUCCCGGCAGUCCUCAGGAUAAAGAUGGAUGUCUUCAUUCGUUCAGAAAACAGUCUGCUCUUUUACAUAGGGGAAGAGAGCAAUUACUUCACCGUGACGGUAGAAAAUGGCAUGAUUUUCCUGAAUAGCAAUUUGCUCGAUGCACCUGCUACCAAAAGCAAAAAACUCUUCCCGAUAAGUGACUGGGUAGAGUUUUUCCUAAUUUUUAAAGCCGGUGAAAUCGAGGUCCGCAUGGCCAAAGAAGAAGUGGCCCGUGCCACAGUUGUGUACAACUACAAGGCAUUUAAAGAAUUCUACAUUGGUGGUGCCCCAACAGAAUUGAGGGAGAAAUAUAACAUCACCAUGCAGCCCUUCAAAGGAUGCAUGAGGAACUUAAAGAUUGGGUCGGAAAAUGAACAUCUUGUAGAGCAAGUGGGCAUCAGCAACGGUUGUCCACAGGAGUCCUUGGUUCCUCGCAAAGCAGAGUUCAACUUGAAAAGCUCCCUGUCAGCUAACCUUCAAGGUUUCAGUCUGGCUGAUGAUGAAGUUACUGUCUCCCUCGGAUUCAAGAGCACAGAAAACCAGGGUCUCAUUCUGCAGGACAAACAGUUGGCUAAUGGGAUGAAUCUUAAGUUGGAAAAUGGCCAUGUGAUUCUCAAUUUUAACAACAAGAUCUGGAAAUCAAACAAAGUAUAUAACGAUGGCCUGUGGCAUUAUUUGACUGUUACCAGAAGAAGUGGAAGUAUUAAGCUUGUUAUUGAUGACGAAGACAAGGGUCUGGAGCAGAGUGGCAGCUCUUCCAUACCAGACACAGGUGGCUUCGUUGUUCUGGGAAAAGACACGUUCAAAGGCUGCAUUUCUAACCUCUACACAAGACGGCCAACAAAUCUGUACAAGGCUGAGGACCUCAGCACCUUCACGCCAACUGGAAAUGUAAAGAUUGAUGUGUGUACUGCUGACACACUCGCUCAACUGAUGAUGGACCGUGCCUCUAAGAAGGAUUUUGUGAUGCAGGCGAUAAAUGAGAGUCUAUCAGCGUGCCGAUUACCAACCAUGCUUCAAAAUGCUUAUCGCCUGGGAGGCCCUGUGAGCAGCCUGAGCUACAGCCUUCCACUUCAGGUCCUGCAGCCCAGGCCCCACUUCUCUCUGGAUAUCAGGACUCGAGCUGGUGAAGGCCUGCUGUUCUUUGCUGCUACCAGAGGGGGGCGCUCUCAUCUCGCUUUAUACAUAUCCAAAGGAAGGAUUAGACUGUCUGUAGGCAAACAGAAGGAGAUCUUCAACAGGGAGAAGUACAAUGAUGGAAAGUGGCACUCGGUCAUAUUCAGUUUGGAGAAGAAGAAAUUUCGAUUGGUCGUGGAUGGGAUCAGAGCCCAGGAUGGUCAGCUGACCACUGCUGAGUUGAACUCCAUGCAGCAGUUUGUGUCACCUGUGCACCUGGGCAGUGCUCCAGAGUCCCUUCACAAAGAGUUUAAGUUGAAGGCUCUUCCAAGACAAAGUGUAUCCGGGUGUAUCCGCAAUUUUAAAAUGAAUGGAGCACCAAUGUCAAAUCCAACCUCCAACCACGGCGCGGGCCCCUGCUUUGAGGGACAGACACAAAGAGGGGUUUAUUUCUCAGGGAAUGGAGCACAUGUCGUUAUCAAUGACUCUUUUGUUGUGGGCUCGGGCUUUGAGCUGCUGUUUAAUAUACGUCCACGGAAUCAAACUGGACUCCUGCUACAUGUUGGUGCUUCCAGCAUGAACCAGUAUGGGCCUGCAGAGGGUCACUACCUCACUGUGUACAUGCUCAGAGGAGAGGUUGUGGCACGAGCAAACAAUGGCAAAGGGGAAUUCAUGGUGUCAGUGAAGCCAAAAGCUUCUUUAUGUGAUGGAAUGUUUCAUAAGAUUUCAGUAAUCAAAAGGAAAAAUGUUGUGCAACUGCACGUGGACACAAUGGACAAUUACAAGAUUGGACCACCAUCUUCCACUACAACUUUGACCAAAGACUCUGUGUAUGUGGGUGGCAUUCCUCAGAUGUCAAUGCAACAGACGCUCCCAGUCACAUCGUCCUUUAUGGGAUGCAUUCAGGACAUGAGGAUCAACGGCGAGUCCAUCUCUUUCGACAGGUUGUCCGGUGCGUUUGGUCCGGUCAACCUCAAAGAAUGUCCAGGCUGAACGUCUCCAUGCAUCAUCAUGAAAACAAACCUUGGGACCACGUCCACCGCCAACCAUGUGCAAUCUGUUACCCAGACAGAGAAUGUGUUUGUGUGUAAGAAUGUAUAUUUUACGAGGAGUGUGUUUCAAUGUGAAUAUGAGUGUGUGCUAGUGUGAGAGUCUGCAUGUAAAAUAGAAAUAUGAGCAGCCGCUUACAGGUUCAUAUUAUUUGCUGCUCGGUUAAGUAUUUCUGUAUUUAUUUUGUGAUAAAAAAAAAAUCAUGUAUCAGGGCACCAAUUCACACAUUUCAACAGUUCUUUUACAGUCUGAUGUGUUGGUCCAUUCAUUUAGAUAAAUGUUGACAAUCAAAUGCUACUGAACAUGCUUGUGAUUGGUCAGGGCUGCAGCAGGAGCAACCCAGCACUUUAAGAAAACAAAUAAUGCCUUUUGUGAUGGUGCUUUAAUGGAAAUCAACAUUAUUAGUGGAUUUUCUUUGUUUGUUUGUUGAAAAGUUUUUACUAGAAAUAUUACGUUUACACCAAGGGUGCUCGUUGUAUUGCUGUUUUAAUUUAAUAUCCAAAUGCCAGCAUGUAGAAUCUACAUUUUACCUGGUUUAGUAGAGUUUUCAAACAGGCCAUGAAAUCAAAUGGUUUCCCCCAUGUUUUUCCCCCUAAACUGUACACGUAUUGUUCUGAAUCAAUUUUCAAAUUUGCAUUCCUUUUUCAUGCAUGGGGAUGUUCUGUGUGGCUGUCAAUAUCAGUUACACAAGAAAACAGCAUGUACUGAAGUUUGUGUAGCAUUUUCUAUAAGUUAAAAAACAAUAUAAAUGCAUUCAAAUAAGUCUCACAAGUAAUGUUUGGGACCAUUUAGUCCAUAUUACUAUAAUGCUGUGUGUAACAUAACAAAAAACAUCAACAUGCACUUGAUGUAUUUAAACCCCCAGCAAGUGUUUACCUACCUGUGUUGUACAUUUGUGUAAAACAAUUGUGAUAUGAGGAAAAAUAUGCAUGAUGAUUGGACAUGGGGAUUGUUAUAUGCAUUCCUGUCUUGCGACCACUGAUUUGUAUGCCAUUUUUUAAAUCACUGUUCUUUAUAAAUACUUGUCAGUGCCAUAGGUCUUGAUUUGUGAUCAUGGUGACAGCUGAAACUAUUAUGGACUGAACCAUGCUUUUUCAUCACAGAAAUGUGGGAUUAAUUGUUGAAUUGAUUGUACGGUUACAGAAAUGUAAUUAGCAAAUAAUUAUAUUUUUUGUAAUGCUUUGUAUGAAUACAGUACAUAAUGGUAA